AUGAAGACCCGAUCAGCCCCUACGAAAGGCAAGAAGUCUGAAGAAACUACCGAGCAAUCUCAACCAAAGGUCCUUGUCUCGGAGAAGCCAAGCAAAACGUUUAUCCUCCCUUCCGCCAGCGGCAAUGCGCGACUCCUCAGCCUGCCUCAGCCCCAAUCGGGGGAGUUGAGCCGUUAUUUAUUUUGCCCGGAGCGCGGCGUGUAUGAGUUUACAGUUGUUGCACCGCCUGCUCAUAUGGCGCGAAGCAUCCUGUUCACUCCCCGGACACACCAAUGCACAUCCCAUUCGGAAGAGAAAAACGAGAACGAUGAGCCCUCCGUGAAGCCUACAAUUACGAAGAAAGCCGAGCUUUUGGUAGCGACGCCUAUCGAUGCCAUGUUCUUUAUGGUCCCAUUGUUGGCCCCUUCCUCAAAAGCAGGACAAUCCCUUUUCCAGCCAUUGGACGAUAUUAUCGAUUCCAAUGAUGAUAUGCCGAAGCACCUUCGCCAGGUGCUGUACGAUGAGACAUUCAGGAGCUCUCUUUUGGCUCGCGUGGAGGCUGUAUGUGAUACGGUCGAAGCGGGCGAUGAGAAGAUGUUCCGCUUCAACGAGAUAAAAUUAGUGAAGGAAUUGAUCACGAAGGCAGAACGGAUGGCAGAUCGAGGACUUCCAGUUAGUCUGGAGGAACGCUUUAUUCGCCAGGCACUAGCAACCCCCUUGAUGUCAGUCAAACGUGAAGAUGUCGUGACAAGCCAAGAGCCCCCCAAGGAUGGUGACUCGGCCUCCAAAUCGGAAGAGAGACAGGAUUCACCAUCGACAGUGGCCACAAAUGAUACACCAUCUGUUGCAACACCCGCUGGGGAAUCCACUCCUGUACCUCAGCCACCCGGUACUGACUCAACAGCCCUGGAUCACGUUACUCGCCUACUUCGAAUCUCCACGGCACUGUCCUACAUGAAAGAGUCCUAUCUACCCGACGCUAUGGCCGCGCGACUGGAUGAGAUCCUUGCUUCGGCGGAAAGUCCACUUGACUUGAAGCCCUUGAAGGACCGUCUGAAAGAGAUUGCGGAACUUCGUGCUCAAGCCCUUGCAUCCCGUAAUAUGUCCGACUUCACUCGCAAACGUGGCUUGGAUGAUGAGGAAGAGGAUGUCCGUGCUGAGAAGAAACGUCGAAAGGAUGAAGAUGAGAAGAAAAAAAGGCUGCUGAAUCCCAGGCUGUGA